ACCCUUAACCCCUGGGCGCUCUCUCCUUCCCUCAAUCUCAUCGGUCCGAAACCAGAAGAAGAUGCAAACAAAAUCACUCCUCCGAAAACCGUAAUCCCUUUGAGUUUCUUUUUCUUUAUUACAGAAAGAAUACCACGGCAACAGAAAUCAAACCCUAAUUUAUCUUCCUCUGCCUGGAGAUGGAAUCUCUAGCAGUUUCAUCAUGUUUUUCCCCGUCAAAUCUCCGUUUAUCCUCAUCAUUUCCGAUCAAAGCCAGAAAUUCAAGCUCUCACCGUUUCUUUACCACUUCACGUUCAUGCAUUCCUUCACUGAAAUGCUCAUUAGUGAAUGAGAAAGAAAGAGUGAAAUUCGACGAAGCUACAAAGAAUGGAAACAAUUUAGUACCGUUAUAUCGGUGUAUAUUUUCAGAUCAGUUAACACCAGUUUUAGCUUACAGAUGUUUAGUUAAAGAAGAUGAUAGAGAUGCACCGAGUUUUCUGUUUGAAUCGGUUGAGCAAGGUUUCGGAAGUGCUAACGUUGGGCGAUAUAGUGUUAUUGGAGCUCAGCCUACAAUGGAAAUUGUUGCAAAGGAGAAUUUAGUUACUAUUAUGGAUCACGAGGAAAGGAGUAAGACAGAAGAAUCUGUUGCUGAUCCUAUGGAUGUUCCAAGGCGAAUUAUGGAAGGAUGGAAACCACUGCUUAUCAAUGAACUUCCUGAUGCAUUUUGUGGUGGAUGGGUGGGAUAUUUCUCCUACGAUACCAUGCGUUACGUAGAGCAUAAAAAAGUGCCAUUUUCAAGUGCUCCCGUGGAUGAUAGAAACCUCCCAGACAUCCAUCUUGGCCUUUAUGACGAUGUUAUAGUUUUUGAUCACGUGGAGAAGAAAGCAUAUGUCAUUCAUUGGGUCCGUAUGGAUCGGUACUCUUCAGUUGAGGAUGCGUACAAUGACGGGAUCAAACGAUUAGAACGUCUACUAUCUGCAAUACAAACAACUGACCCGCCAAAGCUAGCUCCAGGCUCUGUGAACUUACAGACACGUCGUUUUGGUUCUUCAUUGAAGAUGUCAAGCAUGACAAGUGAAGCUUAUAAGAAGGCUGUACUUCAGGCGAAAGAACAUAUCUUGGCAGGCGACAUUUUCCAGAUCGUAUUAAGUCAACGUUUUGAACGCCGAACAUUUGCAGACCCAUUUGAAGUAUAUCGAGCAUUGAGAGUUGUCAACCCUAGUCAGUAUAUGACUUACUUACAAGCUAGAGGAAGUAUUCUGGUAGCUUCAAGCCCGGAAAUUCUUACUCGUUUGAAGAAGGGGAAGAUUGUAAAUCGACCCCUUGCUGGGACGAUCAGAAGAGGAGAGACCGAGAAAGAAGAUGAAAUUUUGGAAAAGCUGUUGUUGGGCGACGAAAAACAAUGCGCCGAGCAUGUUAUGCUCGUGGAUUUGGGGCGUAACGAUGUUGGAAAGGUCUCAAAGCCUGGAUCAGUAAAGGUGGAUAAGCUUAUGUCCGUGGAGCGGUAUUCUCAUGUAAUGCACAUCAGCUCCGAGGUUACAGGGGAGCUACUUGAUAAUCUCAGUUGCUGGGAUGUGUUACGAAAUGCAUUGCCUGUUGGAACUGUGAGCGGAGCGCCAAAGGUGAAAGCGAUGGAACUAAUAGAUAGAUUUGAAGUAACAAGACGAGGACCUUAUAGUGGGGGUUUUGGAUAUAUCUCAUUUACGGGGGAUAUGGACAUUGCCUUAGCUUUAAGAACAAUUGUUUUCCCAACUGCAUCUCGUUAUGAUACAAUGUACUCUUACAAAGAAGCACAAAAGCGGCAAGAAUGGAUAGCCCAUCUCCAAGCAGGGGCCGGGAUUGUAGCAGACAGUGAUCCAGAUGAUGAGCAGAGAGAGUGUGAGAACAAAGCUGCUGGUACUUCACGUGCAAUUGAUCUUGCGGAGUCUGCAUUUGUUGAGUAAUAUUCUCCUCUUUCUUGCAAACUAAACUUACAAUCACAUUUUAGUAAGUGCUAUUUCCAUCAUUUUGGGUUAUUAGUUUACUUAAGUUGCUUUUAGAUAGGAGGGGAGGGGCAGUACAUAAUAUGAAGUUUUGGCAGUUUAUACUUUGUACAACUCUGUUUCUGGUACUUCGGCUCUUUUAUGACGGGGAAAUGCAUAAAGGAACAACCAUGUAAGAAGUGUACAAGUAGGAUAAUUUUAGAGACUUACUUUUUAUCCCAAACGAUAGAAUGGCAAGGAUAACAUGAUUCGGUCUACUUUUGCCAAAAGAUAUCUAGAUGAAAAAACCCAUCUCGAAGUCCACAUUGAGAUCCGUAGCCGCCACGGGAGGCAGGAAAAGUCUUUCCAGAUUCCAUACUUGUUAUUUGCCAUUCAAUGAUAGAUAGCGAUUUUUAUGAUUUUCAGAAUUUACUUAUGAGAGAAACUUUUUAGAUUAUUUUUUUAUUCUCUUUGAAGAUAUUUUUCAGUCUUCAGGUUUGAUCUUUUGUUGCAAAUCAAAAGCCUUAAUUC